AUGAUUCCACUGCUUCGCAUUAUCCUCGCAGACCCUUCCCCCACCCCAUACUCCGCUUUGUCGAUCUCCUCUUUUUUCCUCGCCGAUGAAAGGAGAUGGAUCCAAAUGCUUAAGGUUUUUGGCUAUGGAUUCUGCCUUCAGGUCUCUGCAGAAGGUACGUUAAAACGUGUAUUCCCGUGUCAGUAUAUAAGCUCGAGGAUAAUAUAUAAUUGGAACAGGUUUGCAUGGGCUACAUAUCCCUGGAGCUAUUCUUUGGGGUUGAUGCGUGGAAUAUUUGAGAAAAUUGAAAGAUUUAAACUAUUUAAGCAGGUCAAUCUUGAGUCGACGAAAAUACAUAAGUAUAUUAUUGUCGAUUUUAUGCUUCCAUCUAAGGUUAGUUUGAAAUGGAAUUGUAUACCAGAAUAG